CGACUGAUUUAGUGAAAAGAAUCGGUUCAAAAGAACCGAGUCGUUGACGAGUCGGACGUCGUCCGUUUCCUGCCCGCCAUGUUAAAGCCAAAAGUCCCAGCUGCAGCCGUGCCGACAAGUUUCGCUCAUAAAUCUCACCGCCGUAGUUCAGUACUGAGUAUUUACACUCCACUGCCUCUGUUCACAGAGUUUUAUUCGCGUCUGAGGUUGCGUGUAACUCACGUUUUAGGCGUUAUAAAAUGCCAAGUCAUUUUGUAUUCAAAGGGGGGACGAAAGCUAACACAAUGGUAAACUGAAUAGCUUCAACCUGGGCGAGGAGACGAUACCGAGGAUGACUCAACAAGCAUUCCAGAUCCCCCUGAAAAAGAGUGAAGGCAGGAAUUUAUUGAAUGUCUGAAGGGAGGACUGACUGCAGGGGUUGCAGCAUCAGUAGGCAGCCAAGACACUCCUGAGCAUACUGACAGUAUGGAGGGAAAUAAGACCUCUGGUUUACAGCAGUGUGAGGUCAAACAUUUGGACGAGAAGGAUCCAGUGCUGUCCCUCAAUGGAGAAGUGACCCUCAGUUCUGGUUAUAUUACAAACGGUUACUCCACCAAAGCUGCUGCAGAUAAUGACGGUAGCGGAUCCGAGCGUGGAUACACUACCCCUAAAAAGCGGAGGGCUAGACGCAGCAGCAUGAAAGGCGCAGAGAAUGUGAACCGGGACAAGGAGAAGGCUGUGCAGCAGGGGAUUAUGUCUUAUUCCAAGCAGGACCUGGAGACCUCAGGCCAAGAGGCUGCUGGGAAAGUGGUGAACUCUAGGCCUAAUUGCACAAGGACUUGCCUUAGAACAGAGGUGCACACAGGUGUUCGUCGAACCGGCGUUCAGGAGAUGACCCCUGUGGGCGAGGUGCAGUGCAAAAACUCUGACAGUAGGGCCUCAGGCCCCAUUAGUAAAAAGACUGAUGACAAGGUCAGUAAAACCAAGCUCACCUCCUCAGUGACCUCUAAAGAGGACUCAUGGACUUUGUUCAAGCCUCCCCCAGUGUUUCCAGUGGACAACAGUAGUGCUAAAAUAGUGCCCAAGAUCAGUUAUGCAAGCAAAGUUAAGGAAAACCUCAACAAAGCAACACAGGCCAGUGCAGAGGCAGCUCUGGCUCAGGCAUCUGUAAAGCUCUCCCAGGUGCCCAUGUCUGCUGUAAAAACAUCUGCCGGUUUUACAAACGGCCCUGUUUCAGGAGAGGCUAAUGGGUGCCCCUCUGUGGGAACGUUGUUCAACUCUGCUGCUAGUACUGCACCUUCUGCCUCCUCUAAUCCCGGGGAAGAGAAUGUAGCAUCCACUCUGGACACCAGUUGUAGCUCCUCAGCUUGUCCCUCAGCUCCAGAGCCAAGAAAAUCUAGUCUUUUUGUUUACCCACAUAAACCUUUAAAUAUGCAAACUGCGCUCCCUAGUGCCCGCCACACGGACGACCCUACUGCUCAGACAAAUCAAAAAGCCCUCGGGGACAUCUUCCAGAACCAGUGGGGUCUGUCCUUUAUCAAUGAGCCAAAUGCAGGCCCAGAGGGAACGGGCACUCCUCAGCUGACUGUGAGCGGACUCGAGGUGGCGGACAUCACGUUUCAGGGGGAGAGCCUUCCGUUUUUCAACCAGCCAGGCCUGGAUCCAACCUCUGUGGUUUCUCUCUCUGCGCCUAAGGAGGUGGAGACAAGGACUAGUGGCACAGAUGCUGCUUUGAAAGCCUGCUCUGCUUCUCGCACUGCCAGUGAGGACUCUCCACAGGUUCAGCCAGAGAGUCAGGAGGAGCAGAAGGUAGAGAACAAAAUUCCAGAGGUUUCUUGUAAGGAUUUGGAUACAGAGCCUGCAGUGACCCAAGUUGUUAACAGUUUGGUGGGUCCAUCCAAGGCACAGAACUACAUAAAAGACCAUGACAGGGCAAAUAGCUGGGGAUUGUUUGAUCUGCGAGCUGCUGUAUUCUACCACACUAAAGAAUUUGAAUAUCUUGUCAGUCUUCGAAAGCAAGAUCCAAAAAGGGUGGUGUACUAUGAGGAGACCCUGGAUGGACCUGAUCAUUGAGGUGCUGAGUGCCAGUACUUAGUUUGCUCCACCUUGGGUGCUACAGUCAGAUCUGACCUGGAUGUUCUCUUCUUAGAAUCGAAUCGGACCACAUUUUUUCUUUCUAACCAGAAGAAAUUGAAAUGAGGAGUAUGGCGAGAACGGCAUUUGCAUCAGAAGGGAUAACUAUUGUACUCUUAUAUCCUGGGAUUUCUGCAGGGAUCUUCUGCAGAUCAGAUUGCUAUGAGCUGUUCAGAGGCAUUGGACUACACACAAACUGAUACACUAUAGCAUCUGAGGGAAGUUCUGAGCACUACUUGUGUGACAGACACUGACCUUUUGGGUCAGCUAGCAAGAAUGAGGAAAACUGGAGGUGUGAAUUGUACCUCCUGAGCCUUUCUGCUCCAUGUGGCCCUUUUGAGGAACGUUCAAGAUCCACAGUGGAUGCCUCAGUCAUUUGAUUUCUUCCUGCAUUCAGAUCAGUUCAUGUAUGACUGCUCAUUUAAUAUUUUUAAGCAGUGCACAUGUACAGUGAGAGCGUUUGAAUACAUCGUGAACAAAAUGAAAUUCUGACCUUCAAAAAAAAAAAUGCCUUGGAAAUGUAAUCAUAAUGCCCAGGAAUAAGGGAUGGCAUAAGGCCAGCCCUGUCAGGUUGGUAGAGAAAAGGAGUAGUCUUAACGUUUGGUCUGCUGGGAAAAGGCCCUACAGAAGCAUUGCCUGACGUUUUUAUUUUUCUUCUUAGUUUUCGAGUUUUAUUUUUUUGAUCCAGCCCAGGAAUGAAAGCCUAAUGUAAUUCUGGGUUGACCAGUCAGAACCAGAGUUGCUUCAUUUUCCCUGCAAGUUUCAUGACGAACAUUUUAAGACUGGCUUCUCAAAUUAAGUCUAUCAGAUAAUUUUCAUGUUU